AUGUGUUGGAUGCACAAAGGAGCUUUUGCUUGCUCCCGGGAGCUCGUUGAAGGCGCUGACACCGACAAGUUCGUGCGCUUCUUCCUGCGCAUGUGCGAGGUGCUGCGCUGCUCCCAGAUCAAGCCCAUCAUCGUCUUUGACGGGGACAGAUUGCCGGCCAAGGCGAAAGAGGAGGAGAAUCGUGGAAAAAAUCGUGAGAAGGCCCGUCUUGAAGCUCUCGAACUCUUGGACCGCCAGAGGUCUGGACAUGAUGUGGAUGAGAAAGAGAUCUCUUCCAAGUGUGAGGGUGCUAUCAAGGUGACACCUUCGAUGAUAUCCAGGCUUCAAAGUGCCUUGAAGGAGUUGUCCAUUGACUUCAUGAUCGCACCCUACGAAGCUGAUGCUCAGCUAGCUUACAUGUGCAGGAUGGGUUGGAUCGAUGUUGCUAUUUCUGAAGACAGCGACUUGCUUGCUUACGGCUGUCCUAGCAUCCUAUUCAAGAUGGACAAGUACGGCAAUGGUGACCAUAUCGCACUUCCUUGCCUCCAAGUGGAUGCUUCUCCACCUCCUCCCGAACAGAAGCAGCCUAACAAAGAGAACACUCCGCUAGAUCAGAGGCAGGCUAAGGGCGGCAAGCAGAAAAGGCUCAAGCCUGGGCACAAGGCCAAGAAGGCACCAAAAGGAAAGAAGACUACCGAGACGCUGCCGGUGGAUGCCGUCACUGAGAAUGACUCUGGUUUGGUCGGCCACGGUCCCAAGGUCAGGCGAGGAGCUAAGGCAAAGAGUGAAGCCGACAAGGUUGCCAUCACCAAGGACAUUCAGUCUUGCCUUGACCUUUGGUCACCAGAGCAGUUCGCCGAGUUUUGCGUUUUCUGUGGUACUGACUACAAGGAGCCAGACACACAUAUCAAAAAAUUCGGCAUCAAAACUGCCUUUCAGUUCAUGAGAAGGUAUGGGAGCACUCAGGAACUCUUGAAGUGGAUGAUCAGCGACGAGGCGUUUCAGCAGCGCUUGCCAUGUGAGGCAGAAGAGUAUAUUCCACGCUUUUUCUCCGUGGUGUGCGUAUUUUGGCAUCACCUGGUGUUCAAUUUGAGAAGUGGUGAAUGCACUUCGAUUGCCACAUCGUUUCCUUUAACUGAGUCUCGCAGGCAUUGCCCCAACCUGGACCCCACAUCAGUUUGUGGUCAGGCUUUCUCCAAGCAGGAGGCAGUCCGUGUUGCAAAAGGUGAUCUCGACCCACGGACCAGGGCCGUCAAGAAGCUGGAGCCCUUGAGUCCAGCGGAGCGUGCUGCAAUCGACAGCCUGCUCGAGUUCAAACGUAGAGAGCAGCGAGAGUACCUUCAGCAGUUUGCAGAAGAACAGGCCGAGCUCAGGCGGUCUGAAGCUGAAGCCACGGCUUUACAGGCCGCACAAGAAGAGGUACCGACAAACUCUGUUGGUGAUGCUCCGUCCCGGGAGGCCAGAACAGAGCAAAGGAAAGAAAUCAGGUUGUUAGCAGGAGACUUCAAGAAGAUCCAGCACUUUGUGGAAUCCCUUUCAGAUGACGUUCAAGACACCGGCCGGUCGGCUUUUGAACCGGCCCUUGCAGAGGAAAUUGAGGGUAUGCCGAGGUCAAGCAACCCUUUUUCACGAAAACGCCCUGUGCAAAGCACGAACAGCAGCUUGGGCAGGGCGAUUCCUGCAUCAAAAGGCCUUCGCCUUCGACCUUUGUGCAGCGUGGCGCCGACAAAGGCUGUGGCGGCAGCUACACAGGAUGAGGCUAUCAAGUUGAAGAAGCCUGAGUACCGUCCUAGGGGCGGCGGUGGAGCCAACGCUGCUGUGGAGGCUGUGUUGGCCCAGCACGGGAUGCCCAGUCUGACGACAGAUGAAAUCAAGGAUAGGUCCAAGCUCGGUUUCUUCUUCGGCCAGGGUUCCAAGGCCACGGCACAGGCUGUGCAAAGCGACUCACCUGCGGGGAAGGUCGACAGGCUCUCUUCCUGGAAGUCUCGGCCAUGGGAGACCGAGCCGGAGGUUCUUGCGAACGUCCCUCGGGUCAACGUCCUGUCCAUGAGGAACCGACGAGUUAUGUCCUGCUUCGCAAAUGGCCGCUAG